CUUCUCAUUGUCCACACGAUCCAAAGUGCAAGCAAUCGAAUUCCCCAUCAUCGUCAUCCUCAUCGUCAUCUUCUCCUUUCUCUGCCGAAUAAUCUUCUUCCAUCUCUCUCAUGGGCUUUUCUAUUCUUCGAACUUCCCCUCUCUCUUCCUCUCGAGCUUUUCUCUCCAACCCCACACCCUUUCCCGCUUCGCCUCACUCCUUCUUCAAAACCCAUUUCCAAUCUUCUUCUCUCUCCCCCAAUCCCACUUCUUUCGCCAUCUCCCCUACUCGUUUUGGUGGGGCUUUUCCUCUGAGAUCCCGUGGCUUCCGUCAGAGUCGUGUUUUGGCCAUGUCUUCGCCUAAUUCAGUCCAGAAAUCGGAGGAGGAGUGGCGAGCCAUCCUUUCGCCGGAGCAGUUUCGAAUUCUCCGGCAAAAAGGAACAGAGUAUCCAGGAACUGGCAUUUAUGACAAAUUCUAUGGCGAGGGAGUCUAUCACUGUGCCGGAUGUGAGGCACCUCUUUAUAAGUCGAAUACCAAAUUCAACUCCGGCUGUGGUUGGCCAGCAUUUUUCGACGGUAUCCCUGGAGCCAUUAAAAGCACUCCUGACCCUGAUGGGAUGAGAACUGAAAUCACAUGUGCUGCUUGCGGUGGUCAUCUGGGUCAUGUUUUUAAAGGAGAAGGCUUUCGAACACCCACAAAUGAGCGCCAUUGUGUCAAUAGUAUUUCACUCAAGUUUUCUCCCUCUCAGUGAUUUCUAUUCUCCAAUCUCUAUGUUUUUUUCCCUAAAUCAUGUGAUUAUAUUUAGAACAUUACUUACUCAAUAAGCUGUUUACUAUUUCAAAGGGAAGGAAAAUAGAUUUCCUUCUCUUCUAUGUACAUUUUUGUGUUGUGAAAGUAAAUUUUUUCUGUCUCCAUUCUUGCGAUUGUGAUAUGUAUACGUAAUGAAGUGCUACAACUUUUAUUUGACAGUGUGAUUAAGUUGAAAGGUUCAAUUGUGUGAAA